GUGAGUGGAGUCUGCUAGACGGGGCGCACGCAGGAGGGGCGGCGGCAGCGUUGUCGCGGCGGGCGGUUCCCUUUGCUGCAGUAGCAGCGGAGGGCGAUGCUGAUUUGAUCAUCAGCCGCGGCUGUGAGCCGGUCCUGGCCUGAGGCACAAUUAUCGAAGAGACAGCCAGACCUCGACUAGGUUUGCCGUGGGAAGUUCAGGAUGGGGCUGAGCACGGCAACCGCCGUAAUGGUGUUGACUGCAGCGAGUCUCACUUUCUCAGAGGAGAGAGGGCUUCCUCGGGGCUGAGGCGGCCUCUUUUUCCUUGCCGGUUUCUCCCUCAAGUGCGUCUUUCCGACGUUGCUUUUCUCUUCUCCCGACUCGGGCCGGACGCAUUCCUGGCCCACCGCCGCAGAGAAGAGGCGACUUCGCCACCACCUUUUGAAGCCAUCGGUGGAAGAUGGCGUGGGUGCUGAAGAUGGACGAAGUAAUCGAGUCUGGUCUGGCGCACGACUUCGAUGCCAGCCUCUCCGGCAUUGGGCAAGAGCUGGGCGCCGGCGCUUACAGCAUGAGUGAUGUACUGGCACUUCCCAUUUUUAAGCAAGAAGACUCUAGCCUUGCUUCUGAUAAUGACACAAAUCAUCCUCCAUUUCAAUAUGUUAUGUCUGCUGCAACAUCCCCAGCAAUCAAACUGCAUGAUGAAACACUUACUUAUUUAAAUCAAGGUCAGUCCUAUGAAAUUCGGUUGUUAGAUAAUCGAAAAAUGGGAGAUGUGCCUGAGAUCAGUGGGAAAUUAGUAAAGAGUAUCAUAAGAGUAGUAUUCCAUGACAGAAGAUUGCAGUACACUGAGCAUCAGCAGCUAGAAGGCUGGAAGUGGAAUCGCCCUGGAGACCGAUUACUUGAUUUAGAUAUUCCUAUGUCUGUUGGAGUAAUUGAUAUAAAAACAAAUCCAAGCCAACUCAAUGCAGUUGAGUUUUUGUGGGAUCCUGGAAAACACACAUCUGCCUUUAUUCAGGUACAUUGUAUUAGCACAGAAUUUACACCUCGGAAACAUGGAGGUGAGAAAGGAGUUCCAUUUAGAAUACAGGUUGACACUUUUAAACAAGCAGAAAAUGGAGAAUAUACUGAUCAUCUGCAUUCAGCCAGCUGUCAAAUCAAAGUGUUUAAACCAAAAGGAGCAGACAGAAAACAAAAAACAGAUAGAGAAAAGAUGGAGAAGCGAACUGCUCAUGAAAAGGAAAAAUACCAGCCUUCAUACGAUACUACAAUUCUCACUGAGAUAAGGCUUGAGCCUAUAAUUGAAGAUGCAGUUGAACAUGAGCAGAAAAAGUCCAGCAAGCGGACUUUGCCAGCAGACUACGGUGAUUCUCUGGCAAAGCGAGGCAGUUGUUCACCAUGGCCUGAUACACCUGCAUUUGUGAAUAAUAGCCCUACCCCAACACCCGCUUUUACUUCUUCUCCACACACUACUUACAGUAUCCCAGACAGUAAUUCAUCAUCUCCAAAUCAUCAAGGAGAAGGUGUUUCCUUAACGGGUGGUGAGCAACUUCAUCCAUCAGCCACAAUCCAGGAAACCCAGCAGUGGCUGCUUAAACAUAGGUUUUCCACUUAUACAAGGGUGUUUUCUAAUUUCUCAGGUGCUGAUUUAUUGAAGCUGACAAGAGAAGAUCUGAUACAAAUCUGUGGUCCUGCUGAUGGAAUUCGGCUUUACAAUGCACUUAAAUCAAGAUCUGUUAGGCCACGUCUAACAAUUUAUGUAUGCCAAGAGCAGUCAAGAACUAUACGACUGGAAAGGCAACAAGACUCAGGCAAUGGAGAAAAUAAUGGUGCAAUAUUCGUUUACCAUGCAAUCUACUUGGAAGAAAUGGCUGCCUCGGAAGUCACUCGCAAGCUUGCUUUGGUGUUCAAUAUUCCUUUGCAUCAAAUUAAUCAGGUUUACAGACAAGGUCCUACUGGCAUCCAUAUUCUUGUCAGUGAUCAGAUGGUCCAAAACUUUGAAGAUGAGAGCUGCUUCCUCAUUACCAUAAUAAAAGCUGAAAAUGGUGAUGGGUUCCAUAUAAUUUUGAAGUGAUGUUGCCACAUGUAUGUCGAACUGAUAUUCCAAUUGAAAAAUGAAGUCCUCAGGAAUGGCAAAUAAUAUCAAGUCUCUUCAGGGAUCUGACUUCACCAUAUAGAAUGUUUCAUAUUGAAAACACAAGUUGACCUUCCAAUGAGCUGUUUAGUAAAUGAACUUAUCACUGCCAUAGCCAAUUGUCCUCAUUAGAGGUAGAAAUAACCCAAUAGGCAUGGAAAAAAGCAAAGUGCUUAAAAGUGUUUGCCCUUUCUUGAAACAAAUAAAAUAAAAUUGGGAAGCUAUGGCCAGUAGAUGCAGUAUCUUGAAGCAUUACUGUUUCCUAUUACACUGUAUCCAGUUGAAUGUAAACUAAUACUGGGCAUUUCUCUUCUGGUGCCAGUUUGUCUAUUAUUUGCUUGUGCUUUUAUGCUGGUUUUAUUUUUUGAUGUAACAGAGCACAUAAUUUUGUGUGAAGAUAAGUAAUAUAAUAGCAAUCAGGUUUGGGAUCUUGAGCGUAAUGCUAUCAAAACAACAUUCUUUGUAUAAAUUGUGUAUAAAGUGUGAAUGUUUUAAGUCCUAACCACAUGAAAAUUAAGCAUGUAUCAAAGCAUAUUAUCAUUAGUACCUAACUGAGAGGUUUAUAAAAUAAGACCUCUUAGGUACAAUAUUUUGCUUUUCAACAAAUUUGAGAAAAUUUGCCUAUCCAUCAUGUUUUUAGUUUCUUGAAUGAUACACUCCUGCCGUUAUAUUUUU